UUGUUGUAAUUGCGAGCCGGCAGUCUGGAAUUUUCAGAAAAGACCGGGUCGAGAGGCGCAGUUGUUGGGUUGGCUCGAAGCGAACUGACUGUAUUAUGUGUGUGGCUGCGCGCUUGUUGACCAUCGCCAUCCUCCUCCUCAUUACCAUCACCAUCACCACCAACAACCACAACAGCAGUAGCCAGAACCUCAUCAACCCAUUCAACACACAAGUCCUCUUCAUCGUUUGAGAACCCAUCUGAGCAUCCAAAUCAUCCAGCGAGCUCCUACGACGAUGACCACUGAGACUGUCCAACAACCGAAGGCCGAUCCCGCUCCUACCGAGGCCUCCACAGCCCUACCGGCUGACACCCUAACCAAAUAUAAGACAGCAGCUGAGAUUGCUGCAAAAGCACUCCAACAUGUCAUCUCGAAGGCCGUCAAGGGAUCUAACCUACUCGAACUCUGUCGAGAAGGAGACAAAUCGAUCGAGGAUGCGUGUGCGUUGGUUUACAACAAGGACAAGAAGAACCCUACCCAAAAGGGUGUCGCCUUCCCAUGUACCCUGAGUAUCAACAACGUUCUUUGUCAUUUUACUCCAUUGCCCACUGACCCUGGUGCAACCCAAACUCUCGAGGAUGGUGAUGUCGUGAAAAUUCUGAUUGGCGCCCAUAUCGAUGGAUAUGCCUCGAUCAUUGGUGAAACGGUCAUCAUUGGUGCCUCAACUGCAUCACCCGUCACCGGUACUAAGGCAGACCUCGUAGCCGCGGCCCACAACGUCGCUGAACUCGUGUUACGAUCAGUUAAACCAGGAGUCAAGAACUGGGAAGUUACCGAUGUGGUUUCAAAACUCCUAAAAGAAUAUAAGGGCUCGAUCAAAGGCAUGGAGGGUAUGAUAUCACAUCAACAUGAACAGAAUGUGAUCGAUGGCAAAAAAACUAUCAACUUGUUUCCGGCUGCCGAACAACACCGGGAUAAAGAUUCAACCUUUCUCUUUGAAGAAGGAGAUGUCUUUGGCCUCGACGUUCUUCUGACAACCGGCGAAGAGACCAAAUCGAAGUCGCAUGUCGAUCGCACCUCAAUUUUCCAAAAGACUACAUCUACCUACCAAUUGAAAAUGAAGACAUCCCGGUCUACAUAUGGAGAAAUCGUCAAGAAAGCAGGCGCGUUUCCCUUCACAUUACGUACUUUGGAGGACCAAACCAAAGCGCGGAUGGGUGUGAAGGAAUGUGUUCAACACGGACUCCUGAAAGAGUUUGAUGUAACCACAACGACCGACCCCAAAGACGUAACUGCACAAUACUUUGCCACCUUCGUCGUCACUAAGACUGGUGUGACAAGAAUUACACCCGCUCCAACGUUUUACGUCGGAAGUGGAUCGGAAAUCAUCAAGAGUGAAGUUAAGAUUGAAGAUCAGGAAUUGGCUAGCACAUUGGCGAGAGGGUUGAAACCCAAGAAGGCCAAGAAAGCCACCAACGGGGCACCGGCUAGCUGAAAUUUUUAACUCACGACUUUCCGAUCGGUCCGAACGAAAGAAAUAAGUGAAAAAAGCCAAAAAAAAAGAAAUACGAGAAUCAAUUGUUCAAUUUGUUUCCUCCUUCCGAUUCAUCUGUGCUUGCUCCCAGUUACUUUGCUUAACAAAAAAAAAUGUCUGAAAAAACAAUCUAAGGAUUUUCUGUGAAUUGUUAUUUUGUCUAUUUCCCCCUUUUUUUCUUAUUGUAUUGAUGAGGUUGAAGGGCGAGCAUUUGAUUCUUCGUUUAACCAAAAAUACUGUUACCUCGUCGGAAGAGUUUCUUCUCUAUUUUUUUUUACCCAUCUCAUCAGUCGGAGUUACGUAGUUCGAUCGACCGAUCGUCAUCGACUGGCUCAAUUUUACUUAUCUCCUUCAAUUUGAAUAAAUAUCCCCCAGUCAUUUGGCCCUUCUUCAUGACAAUUACUACCCUCCUGCAAAUUUCCAGCCCUUAUUUGAUUUGCUAGUCAUUCAGUUGUGGAAUCAAACGUCAGUUUGACUGAAUGU